AUGACAGCUGUUCGCGGUGAAUGGCUCUGAUAUUUGUUUUGACUCGGCUUUUGAACUUUUUUGUGAAAUAAAAACAAAUACAGAUAAAAAUAUACAUUAAAUUACCUUACACACGAUGCAUCCUGGGCAAAUCGAUGUCAAUGAGAUCACUGGCUAUUGGACCUUUCUGCUCAGCAUCGAUUGGAAGGAUCCGUGGCUUAUUGGCCUUAUUCUGGUGCAUAUCAUGACCACCACAACUGCUCUUCUCAGCAGAAACAACUCAAAUUUUCAGGUUUUCCUAUUCCUAGUGCUGCUGCUGGCGGUUUAUUUUACCGAGAGCAUAAACGAAUAUGCGGCCCAAAACUGGAGUUCCUUCUCAAAACAACAAUAUUUCGACAGCAACGGCCUUUUUAUCUCGACAGUUUUUUCAAUUCCUAUUUUACUGAACUGUAUGCUACUGAUCGGCACUUGGCUCUACAGCUCCACGCAACUGAUGGUGACUUUGAAAACAGCCCAGCUGAAGGAACGAGUUCGAAGGGAACGCCAAAAUAAGGCGGAUUCCGAAUCCACAGCCAAACAUGUCAAGGCAGAAUAAAAUUUAAAUAUACCCUUAAGGCAGUUAAAAACACAAGCUGAGCUGUGAAAAUAGUACUUUCCAAAUAUGUAGCAUAAUCAAGGAUGUUGCACUCUAGAGUAGUUUGCUGCCAUCUAGUAAUAGUUUUCUGCAAAGCUUAAAUAUACAUAAGUAGCAAAAACAAUUGCUUCUGCUGAAUUUACGGGAUCCUAACAUCAUUCAACGUAAAAGUUUUAAAUAAAAAUUAAAAUUAAAUUCUUCUUUUGUAAGGAACUGCUUGAAGUCAAUACAGUACAAAAUAAAAAUAUUCUGAAAAUCCCCGGG